AUGCAUGGUGCGGAGAUGCCGUUUCAUUCAGCCGGAAUGCCUUCGGAGCAAGAUCCAUACAUGAAUCAAUAUGUUCCAGCUCCUGUGAACACACUACAAGACCAAAAAAUCUGGACUUCUGCUCAUUCAAGUUCCCAAUCGUCCGUGAAGCGGCCGCGGCUUAUACACAAAACCCUCGAAGCGGAUGCUCCAACUAUCGGCUGGGGUAAUCUGGCACAAACUGAUCCAAACACACCCUCAUUGCUAUCCGAUGGCACUCAAAACCCAGGUGCGGCGGAGAGGUUAUAUACUGGAGGCAGUAGCACCACGCCGAAUGAUUCGACCACCUCUACCGAUGCAACAUCUUCAUUUGAACCGAAGACAUCAGUGUCUCCUCCUCCUGUGUCCUUACGAUCAAUUCCCAAUACUUCGGUUAUUUUUGGGCCGAACGUGUUAGAAAGCGGGAAAGUCGAUUUAUCUAAAUGUCGACCUCGAGCGUCCAUUCCUCCCAAAAUCCACCCCUCGGUGUACGGCAGGCAGUGUAUUCAAGCGGCUUAUGCAUCUCGGCUCAAUCCUUAUGCCCUUCAUCAAAAAGAACAAGAAUUCUUACAAGACCACCUUUGUCACGUUCAUGUCACAAUUUACCUCAACUUACGAAAUGGAAUAUUACUGCUGUGGGGAAGAAAUCCAAUGGUGGCCGUUACAAGGGAAGAAGCACUCGGAUGUGCAAAAGAUUAUCGUUGGAUGAACCUAGCAUCGUUUGCUUACGACUGGCUUGUUCGGAACGGAUACAUCAACUUCGGUUGCGUAGAGGUACCGUUGGCCCCAAUUAAGCCCAAGCGUGGAAGACGAAAGGAGGGACCGACAAUUGUUGUAAUUGGCGCUGGAAUGUCUGGGCUGGGAUGUGCGCGCCAACUGCAAAGUCUUUUCCGGCAAUAUCGCAAUGAAAAUGGGCUACCUCGAGUUAUUGUCCUCGAGGGACGUCGCAGAGUUGGCGGUCGCAUUUACUCACACCCGUUACGCAGUCUAGAGUCAAGUACUCUGCCCGAUGAGCUUGUUCCCAAGGCGGAAAUGGGCGCACAGAUUAUUGUUGGUUUCGAUCACGGCAACCCAUUGGAUGCGAUCGUUCGUGGCCAGCUUGCUCUUCAUUACCACAAAAUUCGAGAUGUUUCAACGAUUUACGAUACCGAUGGAACACCUGUGGAUGAAGUACAAGAUGCAAUGGCAGAAAAGCUCUAUAAUGAUGUACUGGAAAGAACCGGGGUCUAUCGCCGUAAGGCAGUGAUUAUGCCAACUGCCGAAGGCGAUCGUGACAUGAUUGAUACGGGUCGCGAGUCAGUGGUGGAUGACGGACUCACUGUUAGACAAUGGGAAGAAGCAAGGGCAGCCGGAACAACCGACCUUCUCGUGCCCACCAAGCGAGUUCGCCGCGGGCUAAAACACAAAACUGCAGAUAUCAAACCAAUGACUGACCUAGCUGCUGAUCUUGUGGGACUUUCCGACGAGAAUCCAGCGGCUUUAACCUGUCAGCUUACUGGAUGGAAUUUAAACCCUGGCUACACCGUGAAUGAUACCCUUGAAUUGGAUGAAAUUGCCAAGCAGAAGCCUGAGCAGACGCUGGGUGCCGUUAUGGACGAGGGCAUUAAGCAAUAUGAGCGCAUGCUUCCGGUGACACCCAAGGAUAUGCGUUUAAUGAACUGGCAUUUCGCCAAUCUCGAGUACGCCAAUGCAUCCAAUGUCCACAAGCUCAGUCUAUCGAGUUGGGACCAAGAUAUAGGAAAUGAGUUUGAGGGUGAACAUUCACAGGUUGUCGGUGGGUACCAAGAACUACCAUUUGGACUGUACAUGCUCCCCGACAAACUUGAUGUCCGCACCAAUAAGACUGUUACCGACAUCUCCUAUAAUGAGCAUGGUUCCGGUAACAAAAAAGCAGUCGUUCAGUGUGCGGACGGUGAGAGCUUCACGGCAGAUCACGUUGUGUUUUCAGGCUCCCUCGGUGUGCUGAAACAGCAAAAAAUCAAUUUCCAACCUCCUCUUCCAGACUGGAAGCGCGGUGCAAUUGACAGACUGGGAUUCGGAGUCAUGAACAAGGUUAUCUUGGUGUUCGAGAAGCCGUUCUGGGACACGAAGCGAGACAUGUUCGGCCUUCUACGUGAACCAAACAAUUCCGGCAGUAUGAUCCAAGAAGACUACGCAGCAAAUCGAGGCCGCUUCUACAUGUUCUGGAACGUCAUGAAAACCACAGGUCUCCCAGUCUUGAUUGCUUUGAUGACCGGUGAUGCAGCCCACCAGGCCGAAGCCACACCAGACGAAGAAAUAAUCAGCGAAGUCACCAGCCAACUUCGAAACGUCUUCACACAUACUUUCGUACCCGAUCCUCUCGAGACAAUCGUCACACGCUGGGGCCAGGACCCUUUCACCUACGGCAGUUAUUCAUACGUCGCCGCCGCAGCCUUCCCAGAAGACUACGACCUAAUGGCCAAACAAAUCGGCAACCUCCACUUCGCCGGAGAAGCCACCUGCGGCACACACCCGGCAACCGUCCACGGAGCCUACCUCUCAGGAAUCCGCGCAGCCUCAGAAAUAGUCGAGACAAUAGCAGGCCCAAUCGAAAUGGCACACCCACUAGUCCCAGACAAAACCGACAAAACAAAACCAGCCCGCAGCAAAUCCUCCUCACCAAACGGCGGCACAACAUCAGCAACCAGAAAACGAAAAGGAACCUCCUCAAUUUCCUCCACCGAAGCACAACCAAACCCAUCAACCACAAGCCAAGCAAAACCCUCAACCUCCUCCUUCAGAAAACCAAUCCCAGUAGAGAAAUCCCGCAAAGACGCCUAUGAUCAGGCCCUCUGGAUUACCAUCUACUCGGAACUCGGACCCGCACCACCACGCCCUACAAAGUCAGGCUUAAAUCCCUUCCUCUUCUACCAAAAGGAUUACUGGACCGAAUGCCGCGAGAGCUGCGACCAAGCCCGACGCACAUCGUCGAAGAAUCCAAACGCCAAGGCUCCGCGCGACGAGAUCCGCGCUGCGUUGGGCCAUAUGUGGCGUACUGCCAGUGUCGAGGUUAAACAGCCGUACCUUGAUCAAGUGGAGGCUAAUCGUCGUGGAAAUGCCGAGGCGUGGGAGAACUGGAAGGUUACUGUUGCUGAAUGGGAGAAGAGGACGUUCGAGGUUAAGGACCGGUGGUGUAGGGCUAAUCCGUUUGAGGGAUGGGUUGUUCCUCGGGGGUUGGGGGAAGAGGGUUCUGUCCCUGUUCUUGCGACUGCUUUCUCAAACGACUCUUCUGCUGCUGGAGCUGCUGCUGAUGGCGGUGAACGCUAG